GGAUCGUAGGAGUGCAUGAAUGUUUUGGUCUCUAAGCUAUGGGCAGAGACUUUGGUUAGAAUCGGAGAGCGUACGUGUGCGGUGCUGAACGAGAGCGAGAGUGUGCUAAUUCCUUCCUCCUUCGGGGCACAAAGAAUCCAAUUAGCUUCGAACACGCACACAGUUGCGUACGAAUCGAAAUACGAAACAGACGAAAAGAAUUCGAGUGCGUCCAGUUUUUGUUUUUUUUUUGCCUUCCUUCUUUUUGGAUCGCAGCAAUCCGUGACGGAGAAAACAAGAGUGCACUGGAGGAACGUCAACACGAUCGUAACUGAUAGCAACAGAAGGAAACAGACGCCGCCUUAGAUCAUUUUCGUUUCGUUCGAAACAUGGAAUACGUGUCAAGGUGUACCGCAAAGCGAGCAAUAGAUUAA